CCCCUUCUGUUUGGGUGGAAGAGAUCAUACUUGGAAAGCUCUUCCGUGUCCCAAUGUAGAAGAGAGAGCAGAUUGGACAUCUUAAAAGGUGAGGGUCACCUUUGAGAAAGGGGUUCCUGGACUCCUCACCUCCAGGAUGAGCACAGCAGUGUCGUGACCCUUGGGGUUUUGUGUGCCCUGGAGAUGCGAGAUUUUCCUUUGGCAGCAGGAGGCACACACCCAGAGAAUGCUGGAGCUGCAAGGGGGAAGGACCCACUUCCACAGCAGAGAAAAACAAAGAGGAAAAAGGCACAUAGGCGGCCAGCACUAAGGGACGCACCCAGCAAGCAGUGGGCCACUGCCACUGCUCUCAGCAACUUCUUCUGCUGCAGCCCGAGAAGAACUCGGUGA